CCGGCGCACCCACCCGCACUGAGAUUCUCCCCAGACGCCGAGGAUGGGGGUCAUGGCUCCCCGAACCCUCCUCCUGCUGCUCUUGGGGGCCCUGGCCCUGACCGAGACCUGGGCCGGUGAGUGCGGGGUCGGGAGGGAAUGGGCCUCUGCGGGGAGAAGCGAGUGGCCCGCCCGGCCCGGGGAGCCGCGCCGCGAGGAGGGUCGGGCGGGUCUUAGCCUCUCCUCGCCUCCCGGCUCCCACUCCUUGAGGUAUUUCAGCACCGCAGUGUCCCAGCCCGGCCGCGGGGAGCCCCGGUUCAUCGCCGUGGGCUACGUGGACGACACAGAGUUCGUGCGGUUCGACAGCGACUCCGUGAGUCCGAGGAUGGAGCGGCGGGCGCCGUGGGUGGAGCAGGAGGGGCUGGAGUAUUGGGACCAGGAGACACGGAACGCCAAGGGCCACGCACAGAUAUACCGAGUGAACCUGCGGACCCUGCUCCGCUAUUACAACCAGAGCGAGGCCGGUAUGAACAGUUCGCCUACGAUGGCAAGGAUUACAUCGCCCUGAACGAGGACCUGCGCUCCUGGACCGCCGCGAACACAGCCGCUCAGAUCUCCCAGCACAAGUGGGAAGCGGACAAAUACUCAGAGC